AAAAGAUGAUAAUCAUUCCUAAUGCGUUAUUUUCUGUUCCUAAAAGAUGGGCCUAAGUUCGUAUUAUUGGAUCUGAGACUGGAGCUGGGCCCGCUUUCAAAAGUUUAAGGCCCACGUGAAUUCACACAGGAGUCGGCUAAGACCGUCGGUCGGGGGUGAAGCCAGAGUUAAACAAUAUCCCGAAAUUUCUAGUCCGGCGAAUUGGAGAGGAAAACAGGUGCAGGCCGUUACCGGCGAUGGAAUCAAGUACGAAGGAAGAAGAUAAUCUAAACGUGGAAGGUUACAACACCAACAACAUCAAGAAGGCGAGGCUGAACUCCACUCUCGCCGCCCUUCUCGACGAUCCGAUUCUCUCCGAUGUCCCAAAGAAACCAUCUUUGCCCGAUGUCGACACCCUCAUAAGCCUCGAACUCGGCAGCGCCAUGCGAGUUUCAGUUCUGAAGCUCGACGGAACCUCCUUUGACGUGGCAGUGAUGAACACCGCGAGUGUUAAGGAUCUUAAGCUUGCGAUCAAGCAGAAAGUGAACGAGAUGGAGCAGUCAAAGAUGGGUCACCGCCACAUAUCAUGGAAGCACGUUUGGGCAAACUUUUGCUUAUCGUAUCAUAACGAGAAGCUACUUGAUGACAAGGCUGCACUUGAGGGCUUUGGCGUACGCAACAAUUCUAAGGUACAGUUUGUACAUUACGUUGUGUCAAAGAAUAAGGGAGGGCAUUCAAAGAGAAGAAAACACCGUUUUUUUCAUGGCCUUAACAAACGUGCAUGAUUGACAAAAUACUUUGAAAUGAACGUAUCGAUAUCCUUCGACAGACACAGUAUGCCAAAGCCCAGAACUAGUUUUUUCUUCUCGAACGAAACCUCGUAAAUAAUUGUACGACCAACGGCGUUUUCUCUUCUCGUAGCCAAUCUAGAAAAGAUUUUGUCUCUCACCUUGAUGAUUUGUAGAGGCUAUACCUUUUUUUGGUUCGUUUCUACAUUUUUUGUCGUUUGGGAAAGGCUCGAACUUUUAUUUGCUUAUUAAAAGAAUAAGCUUGAUUUACAUUUUUAAGUUUAGUUUUUCUAUUUUUGUUAAUGGAACAAAAAUACAUAAUGCUACCACAAUGUUCUCGUAUC